ACUUCCGGGAAAAUGGCGCUGGUCUGGAGGGCUGCUUUAGCGACCGUAGCCCGAGGUUAUCUGCGGGGCGCAGCAAUUGCGCCGAGGGUUUCCCGGGGCCGCAAGCGGGGGACGGGCCUUUGGGUGGCCGUUGCUGCCGUGGCGGGAGGUGUCACCUUGGCAGGCUCACACAAGGGAUGGAGUGGGCUGCCGGGGGCCGGCGGCGUCCUGACAGUCCUGGCUCAGAAGGAAGUUGUUGAAGAUGAAGAGAUGGCUGAAAAGCUUUGCAUUCGCAAGACACGCUUUAUGCAGUUUGCUUCCUUGCAAUAUGACGGAGAGUAUUACAUGACUCCGAGGGACUUCCUGUUUUCAGUGAUGUUUGACAAACCAGGGCGUAAAACUUUGGCCAAGAAACUGACAAAAAAGGAGGUAGAUUCUGCACUUGCAGAUGUUGUGAAGGCGAAACCAGGGCCAACCUUUUUUAGAGACCUUGGAGAUAAAGGACUGAUCUCCUACACAGAGUACCUGUUUUUGCUGACAAUACUCACAAAACCACAGACUGGUUUUCAUAUUGCUUUCAAAAUGUUGGACGCAGAUGGGAAUGAACAAGUAGAGAGAAAAGAGUUCUUUAAGCUUCAGAAAAUAAUUGGGAAGCAAGACGAGUUGAAAGCCACUUCAGGAGAUGAGACAGAAUGUCAGGAGUCAGAAUUGGAAGGUUCUGAUAUUAAUACCAUGUUGUUGGUCCACUUCUUUGGAAGAGAAGGAAAAGAGAAGCUUCACUAUUGUGAAUUCCACAGAUUCAUGCAGAAUUUACAAACAGAGGUGCAAGAAAUGGAAUUUAUCCAGUUUUCAAAAGGUCUGAGUUUCAUGACAAAAGAGGACUUUAUAGAGUGGUUGUUGUAUUUUACUGAUGAGGAAAACAAUGAAGUUUACUGGCAAAAUGUAAAAGAGAGAAUUCAAGCAGGAGAGUGUAUAAGCAUAGAGGAAUUUAAGACUUUCUGCCAGUUUACGAACCGCCUGGAAGACUUUUCAAUUGCCUUGAAAAUGUUUACUGUGGCAAACCGUCCCGUUAAACAGGCUGAAUUCAAAAGAGCUGUGAAGGUGGCUACAGGACAGGAGCUCUCAGAUAAUGUUUUGGACACCAUCUUCAAGAUUUUUGAUUUAGAUGGAGACAAUUGCCUCAGCCAUGCAGAGUUUCUUGGCGUUCUAAAGAACAGGAUGCAUCGAGGUUUAAGGGUUCCUCAGCAGCAAGGAGUCCAAGGUUACUGGAAAUGUGUGAAGAGAGAGAGCAUUAAAGGAGCAAAAGAAGUCUGGAAACAAACCGGGAAAAGUCCUUUUUAAAACACCCUUAAAUACUCCAUCCUAGUACUAAGUGUCUAGAUUUUCUUCUUUUUGUGUAUUAUUGUUUAUACGCUGGCAAUAGUAGAUACAGUACAAUCAUUUCAUACAGUUGAGUACUAAGUAUUUAUUUUCUCUCUGUAAUGUACAUCAGUGUACUUAAGUUUGCCUGUGGGUCUGCUAUGAUUUUCAAAACUCUUAACAGUGCCAUGCUAAGCAGAUUUAUACCCUUCUAAGUCCGUUGAAGUCAGUGGAUUUAGAAGGACACAUCUCUGCUUAGACAGUGUAAAUGUUCUCACGCCAGUUCUCGCAAAGCUACACUAUCAAAAUGCUUUUGUUGAUCAGUCGGCCAGAAAUUUUGUACAUGUCACUAGUCUGAAUAUGCUGCAGAAGGAAGCUGGAUCUUGUUCACAGUACUAGAAGAACUAAGUUGUCAUGUUUUUAAGGGCUAGGGAGGGGAAAAAAUGAAACCUACGUCUGUGGAGUGAAUUUCAUGGGGCCAAAAUUGUUUUUGAAACUGAAGCCCUGAAAUCACUGAUUUCUCUCUGACUUUGCUAGCUUUGAAUGACUUCAGGAAUUCACCUUUAACUAACAAACUGCAGUUAAAAAGUGUGUACUUGUGUGCUGCUUCUAAAACGCGGUAUUGAAAUCAGGAAAGCUUGUUUUGAAUGUUAGUGAUAUUAUAGUAUAUCGCUGUAUUCUUGUUCCUAGUGAUUUAUACAAAUGUAUUCCUAUCUGUUCUUCUGAUUGCAGUAGAGUUUGGUUCUCAGUCCAGACUGGAAAUAUGGAAAUGUUUACACAAACUGGCAAUCUGUAAACUCAGUGAAUAAGUAUAGACUAUAAGCACUUCUCAAUCCAAUUAGGAAAUGAGGGAAAAUAUGAAACACACUUUCUGUGGAUACAUACAAAUACAGUGACUUCUGCUUGUCUGAUUUAGCCUCUUGGUGGCAAAAAUGUAAAGCAUUUGUUUUUCUUUUGAGCUGUCCCAUAACUACCAGAAUUUCUUCACUUGAUCGAAAGAGCUAUGCAUGGUUUUGAAAGGAAGCACUUUUAGACAGUCUGCGUCGAAGUGGAGCAUGUUCUAUUUUUCCCUGUUUCAGAGCUAUUUUGUAGCCCCCUCCCUCAAGUAAUUCAUAAGAGUAUUUUACUCCCUUUGCCUUGCUUAUGUAUAAAAUAGCACAUUACACAACCUCUCAGCCUGUUUCCCUUAUUUAGAUUUUUUAGGGUUACAUUUUUUUAUAGAGUGCUCAAAUCUGAUCCUCGUUGUGGGCAAUAAAAGGCUUCAGUUGCAGUGCCUGAAUAUACUCUGUUGUAAGCUGGCAAAAUUGGGCAAGAACUGCUGUUACAGAGACCCUCCUGUACCACUAAGUAACUGGCAGAAGCAUCUUUGUUCUUUUUGCAAUUUUAGUAAUUGUUUGCAGGUAACAGAGAUGUGUCAGUACUGCCCACAAGUUUAUCAUGAGGUGGAAUGUGUGUAGAGAAUCCAGAGAUUGUGCCUAAAAUGACACAAACUGGAAUGGGCACGUGUUAGCUGAAUAUAACUAACCAAUUGGGGAACAUUAACCCCUCAUUUCCAGGUCAAUAGCUGGUUGCCCGCCAAGUUAGAUAUGGUCCCCUGAGCUGUACCAAAAGUCUCCAGUUCAGAAGCAAGAGAGUGGUGAUAGCAAAGAGAUUUACGGCUAUCUGCAGCAGGGGUUGUUGUGGUAGCAGCAAUGCUAGCCUACAUUCUCCAUCUCCUCCUUUAAAACAAUUUCCUGGUGAGGGGGUGGGGUGUGAGCUAUAACAUAACAAACACAGUUUCUAAAUGUUUACUGUAAUUUAUCUUUAACGUUUGCUUGCCUGUCAUUACUGUAUUGACUCCAUGUAUGCAUGUCUUUGUGUGAAGGGGGAUAUUAUACUUUUCUUAGAAUUCUGGUGGCUCAGAUAAGAGCAACUUUCUUUCAACUAUUCAUUGAAAGGGAAAUUAGCUAUAAAAAUCUCUAUUAAUGCAAGCAUUCCACGCUCCCUUAACCUGAUCAUUAAGGAAUAAACUCUGCCUCCAAAGAUUAAAUCAAUCCCUCUUAAUCAAAUGUGGGAGCUCCUAAAGCUGUGGCACAAAGCUGUAAACAAGAGCAACAUGGUGAUGACAUUCUGGCUAAAAAAACUUGGUUUGCCCACUUCCCAUGUGGUUGGAUUGAAGAUGGUAACAAUAUGUCAAAAACAUAAUGUAUAUAAAACUAUUCUUAACUGUCAUAACAAAUGGAGCAGAAAGGGAAUUUGUUAUUGGAAUCGUCUAUGGUAUAAGAUAUCUGAGAGGUAGACAGACUGUGCUGAGAUGGAACAUAAAUACUUUGAGAGAAGCCGCUCUAUGGUAUGGGUGUAGGGAAAAGAGGGGGAGGGUUAGGCCAGUGUUUUGGGUGCAGUAAAAGAAGAAAAGACUUUGAUCCCCCAUAUUAAUAUCUUUCUCAGAAAGUUUACAAGAAGAUGCUUUGCAAAGUAAGUAGGGCAGUGAAGACUACAAUCCAUACUUUUAAAUAUCCAAUUGAAUUGCAUCAGAAUGAGCAUACAUGUUAUUGUCUGUGUAUUGAUAAGCAUUCCCCUGCCAAAUUGCUUUUGGGUGUCUUCAAGAGAAGACUCUAUGAAGUGAAGUCUGUGCCUAGUUAACAGCAAACUGCCCACCCUGAAGGCAAACUCUGCUUCUCUGAUAGGGAGAAGAAUGCCAACUUCAGCCUCUUAUUUGUCAGUGUGCAUAGCAUGAGCACAUGUGGUGGAUUGCUGUGGAGCCCUGAAAAAGGUCCUAAUGUUAGAACACCAAAAAUAUUUUUAUUAAUAUCACACCCAGUUGCUCUGCAUUGCUGAGCCUCCAUCAACAAACUAUAUUUAUACAUUUAGCACAGUCUAAAUUCAGGGCCUCUGUCCAACCAUCUGUGCAUGGAAUGCAGAGUUUUCCUGCGCCAUUUCCUGCAGCCACUUCCAGCCACUGGAAAGAUCGUUCUCAGGAUUACAGGAACCUGUGCAGAGGAAUAGCUGUGCUAGCCAGGGACUGGUGUGAGGAGGGAGGGGGCAACUUCAUCCCCUGGUCCCUCUUUAUUCCAGCCCACCAACCCACAGGGUUAUUCUUCCAUAGGGGUCCUGCAACCCCAGAAAGGAAGAACUGCAGGAAUGGAGAAGAAUUCGGAGAAACUGUGUCUCUUCGAUCCCAGAUGGUUGGGAAUGUACAAGGGUUUAGUAAAAUUACAGUCUUUAGCUUUGACUGUAUUUAUAAUAUUGAUGGCUGAAAGAUGUCUCCUUAUAUUCUAUCGGUUUUUCACUUUUUAACUUAAUGUCUUCACUUGCUAAUAAAUUUGACUUUAAAAUACUUGAUAA